AUGUAUCAACAACAACCACCCUUGACAUUGCUGGAAUCCUUUCUCCAACAACAACAAGCAAAAACUAGUAAUUCCAAUCUGACUGCAAUGAACUACAACUCUUCUCAACAACACCAUCCAUUCGCGAGCAGUCAUAUUCCUCAGCCAACCUCUCAGAAUCAAUUCUCUUCAGUCCUCUCGACUCUGUUGCAAAACAAUCGUAUGGUUCAACAACGUUGUCCUCCUGCCAUGUUGUCCCAACAACAACCGCCCUUGAUGAACAUGCCAUCAUCGACCAUUGAAAAUCAUCAUCAUCAUCAACAGAUGAUCAUCCCUAACCAUCAACUUUCUCUAAUAACCGUGCUCAACAAUUUGUGCCAUGAAAAGUCUGCACAGCCAGCAUCCUUCACGACUCCUCCUCCUCUUGAUUCGAAUUCAAUGAGAUUGUUUGAGAAUAAUCACCAACCAAGACAGUGGGAGGAUCAUCACGAAGCCUCGUCCAUCACGAUGACAGACUUUGGUUGUAGUCAUCAUAACCACCCCUCAGCAACCACCACGACGCCAAACUCUUCCAUUAUGAAUCCUCCUCCUCCACAGAGCAUGAAUAACACAAGCUACAACCACUCUCUCAAUCAUACGUUAUUCGCUGGUGAGGAUCCAUCGACAUCGUUAUUGAAAUUGUUAGACUCUCUUUUAAAGCAGCAACAAACUCAACCCACUACCACUCUCUCAAGUCUCCUAAACAAUGCCUUUAUGAAUCCAUCUCCUCACCAACCACCAUCAAUGGACCUGUUCUCGCAAGCUUCUGUUUCUUCGUUGUACCAACAACCGCUUGGUGAAAACAAUCAUUCCAAUUUGGACCUCUCUUUCAAUAACUUUCACAACAACAGCAAUUCCUAUUGCCAUUCACAGCCCGUACUGAGUGGUUUCAGUAGAGAGAGCUCACGUUCUUCUCCACCCACAAUUUUCCAAGAGGAUCAUCUUGAUGAUAUCAUUGGUUAUAUGGAUCCCAAUGUGGACGUUCAUGAAAAGUUUUCGUUUGUUGUGGUGGAACCAGAGACCAAGACAAUGCCGCCCUCCUCCUCCUCGAACACUCUCAACACUAUCAAUUCAGUGGUAUCAUUAACAGCCAGUAGUGGUGUCAAGUCUCAACUACAAACAACUACAGACAGCAGCAUCCUUAACAACCUUAAAACUACAAGUGGUGUAAAUUCUGCAUAUCAUACAUACACAGCUGCAUGGCCAACUCGAGACUCUUCCAAAGAAACAACAACAACAAUGGAAAGUGGCCAAAAUCAUCCUGUGGAUACUGAACCUGCAACCAAAACGAAAAGGGCAUCCUCCUCACGAAAGAAAAAAUCCACAGGUACAGGUGGUGGAAGAAAUGGAGACACGAGUGGACGCUAUUUGGCAGAAAGUGCAUCGAAAGAGGUCUCUCCAACUUUUGAGUACUUUAUUCACACUAACCAUGAUAAUGAUGACAACAAUGCAACAAUUUUGAAAGCCUCAUCCAUGGAUGACGAGAAUGGUUGUGAAAUUUUCUUAACACCUCAAGAACGUUGUUUAUGUUCGUUACUUUCAAAAUCAGUCUUGCCUAGAGAAGAGUUGUCCAAUAUUUUCAAAGGCCCAAACUCAACCACAGUUCGAUCCAUCAUUUCGAAAUGGCUCUUCACAAAAUUCGAUGCCAAACUUCCAAACCAUAUGCCGGCAUCUGUCGAUAGUUCUGAGUUUUCCAUGCACGAUAUGACAUCAUCAUCGUGCAUUGAGGUAGAAUGUGUUCCAAUGGGAUUCACCAUUAAUAAGGGAUCAAAACCAACACGAUUGUCUGUUUUCGUCAAUGACACGAUCAAGUUCAAAAUUCAAACAUUUGACAUUGAAAAUGCGAAAAUUUUCGAAGGAGACAACAUCAUUUCAGACAGUAGCAUUUUCAACACAAACAUCAUGUACUUGUUUAUUGACAAUUAUACGGCAGAGAUGAGAAGUGCUCACUACCUAACAGGCCUUACUCCACCCAAGAAUGGAGGUGUUCUUGACACAUCUGAGAGCGCUGCUCCUCCAGACAUCUGUAUGGAUCUUCUCUCCAAACAUUCCAUUGUUCAAUACUCGGAGCGUUUGUCCAUGAGAGAAGAACAACAACAAACCAAAUCUUCUUCUGCUCAUAGAGGCUCAACAUUUGAGAUUGGAAUUUCAAUUCGUCGUGACCACCACUACAAAGUCAAAUUACCUCCCAUUAAGGAGAUUAGUUCAAGUUUUGGUUUUGGUAAUACUUCACCAAACUCGGCCCUCAACAAAAAAAUCAGCUUUGUGCAAAUUAUUGAAACCGAUACACAACGCCCAGUAAUUCGAUCUGAACCAUUCUGGUGUCGAAGUAAGAGCCGUGCCGAGAUGGAGAAGAAACAAAAUCGUGAGGCUCUUCAACGUAAAUCUGGAAAAAGUAGCAUUUUGUUGUCUCAACAAAACGAAGAGGAUGAAUCUGAGCUACCAUGUGACAAAGAACAUCAUCAAGAAAAAAAGAGGAGACAAAAAUCAUCGAACACUCACAAGAAGAAGAAAAAGGUAAAGAUUGAAUUCAUCAAUGAUGAUGAUGACGAAGAGCAAGAGUAA